AUGCUCAUCAACAUGCAGACUCGGCAACAAUCCAUCCCCUAUGUGGGGUGCAUUUCUCAGUUGUAUUUCUUCAUACUUUUUGCUAGUGUUGACAAUUUCCUUCUGGCUGUGAUGGCAUACGACAGGUACGUGGCCAUCUGUCACCCUCUGCGCUAUACCACCAUCAUGAGGAAUGGGCUGUGCGUAUUCCUGGUGGCUGGGUCUUAUAUGGCUGCCUGUGUCCAUGGACUUUUUCAUACUCUGCUCUUGGUCCGCCUGUCCUUCAGUGCCCACAAUAUCAUCACCCACUUCUUCUGUGAUCUCACUGUGCUGCUGAAGCUGAGCUGCUCAGACAUCUCCCUCAAUGAGCUGGUCAUCUUGACCGAGGGAGGAAUGAUUUUCUUCCUGCCUUUUGGUAUAAUUUUGAGCUCUUAUAUCCGUAUAGGGACCAUCAUCCUGAGGGUACCCUCCACUAAGAGACUCUUUAAAACCUUUUCUACCUGUGGCUCCCAUCUCUCUGUGGUGUCUUUAUACUAUGGGGCAGCUGCAGGUGUUUACUUUUUCUCCUCAUCAUGGGAUUCCAAAGACAUAAUUGCUUCAGUCAUGUACUCGGUAGUUACCCCCAUGCUGAACCCCUUCGUCUACAGCCUGAGGAACAGAGAUAUGAAUCAGGCCUUAGAGAUGUGUGUCAAUAGGGUUAAGCUCUUUAACUGA